UUUCGCUGCUUGCGUAGACGUGCACGUUUUAUCGCACGGAAACGCGCGACAGCCCUUCUUAGGAUAGCACCUUCGAGUAUCUAUCGAGAUCGUAGCUUCGACACUGGGACACAUCCAAUUGUAUCUACGAUAACUUUGAAUUCGCAUUCUUUUUGGCGAGGCAAAUGAUCUGCCAUUUCUUGAAAAGAUGAUCUUUUACAAAGAAAAGGCUCGAAUUAUCGAGCUCCAAUGUCGACGAAGAAGAAUAGAAAGUGAGGAAGGCGUGGAUGGCUCUUGGACAAUCGAAUCGAUAUCAUCCUCAUCGUCGUCGUCGUCGUCGUCGUCCUCAUCGUCGUCGUCGUCGUCGUCGUCGUCGUCGUCGCCGUCGUCGUCGUCACUAUCGAUGUCGUUGUAAUUUCAUUGGAAAAUUUUAAAAAAUUGAACAAAUGGAUGGUCGAUCGAGAAUAACGAUCGAAAUGAUUUUCGUCGUUUGAAAAUCAGCGUGAUAACGGCAAGUGAGAGAACGAACGAAAUUUUGAAAAUGAGCUUCUUCAAUUCUCUUCAACAAUACGUGAGCGAUAGUGUGGCGAGCUUCAGCCUCAGCCCUAAGAGAUUCUCCUUCAGUCGAGAGGACUCUGCUAGUACGACAGGUAGAAGCGGCUCGAGCGGAAGCAUAGUCAACGACAAUUCGAGUGCACAUCAAUCGACUCCUCAUGGUUUUCCCAAGGUAGUGCCACCGCCAGGGACAACGGUCUCUUCAUCCUCACAAGCUCGUUCACUUUCGAGGAGACGUACUUUUGAUAGCCCUGUCCCGUCAGGAUUGAGCGUUCAUCCUGUCGCCGCAGCCGCAGCCGCUGCAAGUGAUGGCUCGGUCUGUGGUCCUGUUUGCGGUCAGAGUUGUGGAAGUUCCCCCUCGCCUCGAAGAGUCGGUUCCUUUCGUCGAAGUACCGCCGCUGCGAGUACCGAUCGACCACCGCUCAUGUUUUGCCGUCGCAGACCGUCUUGGCCAGAAUUCGACGUACAAGCCACUUCUGGCGUUCAAGAAACCGAUGGCUCCUUCUUCGAGAGUUUCACCGCGUUAUCUUGGAAACAAGAGAAUCGCAGACUGGUGGCUCUUCAGGAAGUCGAAGCUCGAGCUAAGGAUCCUCCACCAUCAUCCGGAGAGGCCAACAUAAAUUCCUUCCACUCUCGUCGACUUAACAAAGAAGAGAUCGAGAAACUAUACGUUGAAGUUCUUUAUACGAUCGCGAAUACGGUCGGAGCAAGUACGGGUCAGUACGCUCACUAUAAAGAGGAUCUUUAUGGGUAUGCGCAGGAAGCGUUUGGUAUACCGCAGGAUCAACAUCGACGAUACCUCGAUAUUGCCUCGAAAGAGAAGCCUCCUAUCGUGGUUCUAAGUGUAAUAGUUAUCGAAGCUGAAGGACUAGAGGCGAAGGACGCUAACGGUUUCAGCGAUCCAUAUUGCAUGUUGGGUAUACAACCUGGUAAUACAAGUGCACCACUGAGCCCCCAAACGAAUCUGUCAGCUCAUUCUCCUCAUACACCUCCAGCUUCACCAAGACAAACGGCUCGAGCUUUAUCCGAUGGAGGUGAGAACGAUAACUCGCAUCACGAAAAGCUUCGAAAACAUCAUAGUUUCAGGCUAUCAUUCAAGCGCAAAGAGCAUACUAGCAGACGAGAACACCGUGAAUCCUUUAGCGGAGCGGUUCCUGCCAAGUUUAUACGUGCUACCACAGUGAAACCGCACACAUUGAGUCCGCAAUGGAAAGAAAAAUUUCGCUUCGACAUCGACGAUAUCAGCACGGAUAUCUUGCAUCUCGAUAUAUGGGACCACGACGACGAAUCCUCGGUAUUCGACGCCGUUAGUAAAUUGAACGAAGUGCGAGGUGUUAAGGGUCUUGGUCGAUUUUUUAAACAAAUUGCACAAAGUGCCCGUUCCGGUAGUCAAGAUGACUUUUUGGGCUGCGUGAAUGUUCCACUUCAGGAUAUUCCAAGCACAGGCUUGGAACGUUGGUAUAAACUCGAAGCAAGAACACAAAGAAGCAACAUUCAAGGUAGAAUCAAAUUAAAAUUGUGGCUAUCCACACGAGAAGACAGAGGAACAUCCGAAGAAGAUAAUUGGGCUGAGCUUAGACAGCAAGAAAGACUUUAUACCAUUUUCCUCGAUCAUGAAAUGAACAAACAAGGGGAAGAUUUCACAGGUGAGUUACCCCAAACAGCACUGACAAUUCUUCAUCAGCAUGCUGUGCAAGGUGAUGUCACAGAAUUGCAGCAGGCAUUGAUCAAAUGGAUCGCUAGUUCGAAACAUCCGGCUGUCGAUUCGAAAGUUCUCCAUCGUCUUCUUCAGGAAAUAGAUAACCUAUGGCAUUUAAAAACGACGGAAACAUUAUCGCGAGACGAAGAACAGUCUCUGGCAGAUUCUUUCAAUGAUUUUUUAGAAGUAGCACUCAAAAAGAUUCAACAACAUCGUACGUUAUAUCCGCCAUUACAUCGAUUAUCAAUCUCUAAGCUUGACAAUCUCCUGAGAUGUUUAGGUCUCUUAUCGAAUAUGAAAGCUUUUUGGGCAUGCUGUCCCUUUAACAAGGAAAUAAGAGGAGAAAUUAUAACAGCCCUUAGAAAAGGAACUCACGAGUGGUACGAAGAUGUGCGACAUCAAACUAUGUAUCAUGAUCAGGAACCUGAUCAAGAUGCGGAUCGCGUCUUGCAAGACUUUACAAAUUUAGUCACGGCACUGUUAGUAGAUUUGGAACAGGGUCGUAUGUAUUAUAAUAGUCUCUUUGAAAGUACAAAUGGUGUACCAUAUUUUUCAGCAGUUUAUAAACAGUUGGAAAAACUGCUGGCGGAACACGUGGCGAAACACAUGGAGAACACUUCCGAGAUUCAAAAUGAACUCGGUGCAAGAGUCACCACCGCCUGUCUCCAAAUCCAUGGACAAAACAGAGACGAAGAUUACGUAUUACCACCUGGUGCAGAAAUAGGGACACCAAUUUUUGAGUUAUAUCUAGCAUUGCAAGACUUCGUGAGUAUGAAGGAAAAGUUACCGUUAUCUGAUCAGAAAACUCUGAUAAUUUGCAAUUAUUACGAAUGGUUCAAACCAGCUAUUGACAAAUGGUUGGAUCUUGCAAAGUUAAAAGCAAUUCAAAGAAUCAGAAAAGCGGCAGAAUUGGAUCGAAUUUGUACAGGUGAUUUUAUAGUAAAGCAUUGUACAUCUGCAAUUGAUGCAACUGCAUGCUUUUAUCAGAUCAAAGAGUUUUGGAAGAAAUUAGCAUGGCCAGAUUUUAUCGGAUCGUAUAGUUUCGUAUUGAAAGUCAUCGAUGCUAUCUGCAGUCCUGCUGCUUACUAUGCUGAAAUAACCCACCAAAAAUUAGCUGAAAGUGGAUAUUAUGAAGAACAAACACCAUAUAAAACCACAGACGAGGUAAUCGUUCAGAUGUGCGUCGCUAUAAAUGGUUUAGAAUAUGUAAGAAGAUGGUUAUUAAAUCUAGGAGAAGAACUUCACGUUGAGAAACUUCUCACAGCUUUGGAGAAUCAAGCUGGAGAUUCUGCUCGAGCGCAAUGGAGAAAUGCUUUGACUUUACCGUUGGAACAAGCGCCUGGACAAAUGUUACUCUUCAUUAAUCAAAUUGUUUCAAGAAUCGGCACAAAGAUGAGACCAUCUUUGAAAAAAUCCAUGUUUCAUCUUGCUUGGUCACCCGACAGUUUGCCCACGUCAGAAGCAAUCACACCUUUAUUGGAAUAUUUGGAUGUACAUUUGGUAGCUCUUAAUUCGUCUCUUUUAGCUGUCAAUUUUACGCGUGUCUUACAAGACGUUUGGGAGGUCGUUCUUAAUGAAUUGAGCAAUCAAAUGGAUGGAAAUGCAGGAGACAAACCAGCUAUGUUUUAUGAAAGAUUGUACGAAGCGCUCGAUCUAUUGAUCAAAUUCUUUCAUGCGGAUGAGAAGGGUCUAUCUUUAGGGGUACUACGUAGUCCGAGCUUUUUAAAUGUAGAAGAACGCUUGCAAUAUCAUAAAAUGGAUACGACUUUUCUCAUUAAUCGUUACUAUCGUCAACGACUUCAAGACCAAAUGAAUACCAUGACAUCAGAGUACGGCGUUUUGACAGUGAGAGCAUAUCUGAAUCACGAUUCGCUUUGUGUAGAAGUGAUAAAUGCUAGAGACGUAAUACCGUUAGAUCCGAAUGGUUUUAGCGAUCCCUUUGUAAUAAUCGAAUUGUUGCCACGAAAAAUUUUCGAACAUUGUGCUGAACAACAAACCAACGUUAAGAAAAGAACUUUAAAUCCAAUGUUCGAUGAAUGUUUCGAAUUUUCCGUAAGCGUGGAACAGUGUCAAAGUCCUGAUGCUAUAGUCCUAUUCACCGUAAUGGAUCACGAUGUACUCACAGCGAACGACUUUGCUGGAGAAGCAUUUUUGGGAUUAAGCACGAUACCCGGAGUAGCUGACACUAAUACCAGUAUAGAUAAUUUUCAUGGCCUCAAACAUACAGAAUUACCGUUAAUGCACCAAAAAAAUCGAAACCAUCCAAUUCUUCAAAUCCUAGAAACAAGAGUUGGCGAUAAAUUAGCCCUCGACUUCGUAAAAAAACAAAAACAACGAUUCGCCACGGCAUAAAAAAAACGUGGCAUCAUUAUAAUGAAUAAAAUCAAAUGCACAGGUUAACAAUGGUCGAAGAAUCAACGAGAAGAAAGAACCAUAGCUCGUUAAAUCUUCUCCGAAUAUUUAACGCCAAGUUCCAAUUCCUGUGUAAAUCGUAUUGAAUUUAAUCAAUGUUGAUAGGAGCGGUCAAGAAAAAUAGCAACGAGAAAAUUCAAAAUUAUUUUUCUGUUAGAAAUGGGUUUAUAAGAACGAAAAAUGUUGGAAGGGAAAAUAGAAAUAUGUCUGUGUGAUGUAUUUAACGGUAAAUGUUUUAAAAUUAUCGCCCAACUCGGAACGAUUCGUCGAAUUCGGAACGAUAUAAAAAGAAAAGUCUCGUCUCGUCUCGUCUCGUCUCGUUUCGUUUCAUCUGGUCUUGUCGUAAUGUUGGCUCGGUAUAUGUACAAUGUAUAUAUGUACCUAUGUUCUUUCAAAUCGCCGCUAAAAGAUCGAUUUUAUUCUCGAAAUAUUUCUCGAUAUGUCUCGACCUAUUUUGCAUAGCUUCGAGAAAAUACUAAGCCAGUAAAAGAUGAUCGAUAUACAAGAAUAUUUUUCUUACACGUCGUCGGCCAAUACAUCUAACUUAUUCUAUCUUCUCGUCGCCACUCUAAUUCUCGAAUAUUAUCUCGGUAAACAGUGGCGUGUUUACUAAGAAUGUCGAAAGGUUAUUCUGUCGCAAAAAGGAAAUGUGUCAUCGGUAACACAUUCUAAUAACACGACGUCUUAGCACGAUCCUUUCUAAAUCAUGCGAUUCGAAUCUUUGAAUCGCGCCUUUAGUACAAGGUGUUACGCCUAAUUUCAUUUGCUCGAACAAUCUCUACUUUUCCUACUCUCUUUGCGACUUUGUCAACGCAACGUUUGAUGUUGAAAAGUAGAUAUUUUGCGUAACGAUUGGAAAAAUUAGAAAUACAUAUAAUGUAUGGUAUUAUGAAAAUCGAAGAAGAAGAGAAAAAAAAACAAAAGGAAAAGGAAAAGAAAAAAGGAAAGGAAGGAAGGAAAAAAAAUGAAAGCGAAACUAAUCUCAAGCGCACACACGUCAAUUUUUUCUAAUGCACGUAUCACUUUGCGCCUCCCUGUGUAUCUUAUACAUACAAACGAUGAGGAUAUUAUGUAAAACACUUUACAUCUGAUGCGCCUUAUAUCAAAAGCAGAGGUUAAGUAAAUAGAUAUAUAACGUAUGUUUGAACCUGGAUAAACUUCGUGCAUCGAAUCCAAUCGAACUUCUAGUAUAUUUUGCUUUUUCAAACCACCAAAAACGUAUGUACAAUCUAUCUUGUAUCGUGAGACAAAUAAAUGAUAUAUAUGUAUAAA